CUUACAACUACGGUAAAGUUCCUGCGGCUCCUCGUCCAGCAACAACCCAUAAGACCCAACAAUAACAACUUUCUGUAAUGGCAUCGAGGGAGAACAUCAACCAGGCGUUGACCAGAGUCGCAAAGUUCUUGGGCCCGCUGGUAAGUGUGGCCGGGUGCCACAUGGUCGACUACCUGACCUCCGACCACUGGGAUAGUCUCCUGCCGCCGCCGCUGCAGAGUGACCUCCUCCGUCUAUCCCAUCACGAACUGCUCGUUCUACCCUCCGCCUCGUUUGCAUUUGACAGCGAUGGCGAUACGGACACCUCCAAAGACUUUAAUCUGUCCACCUGCAACCUCAUCUCAUUCCUAAAAGCCGUACAUGACCACAGUUUACCCUCACUGGGCGUCACCACCUCUCUGCAGGAGGUUUUUGCACUGUACGGCUCCAGCGAUGUCACGACACUGAAAAUUAAAGGAAUAAUGUCGGAGAAGAAGACACACGAAGUGGAGGUCAUGAGUCGGGUGGUGGCUCAGCUUGCUAAAGGAUGCAAAGUUGAGUGGAUAGUGGAUCUUGGUAGCGGACGAGGGUAUCUAAGCUCAACAUUAGCUCUCCAGUAUGGUCUAAAUGUUGUUGCUAUUGACUCGAGUAAAUCGAACACUUCGUCAGCCCUGAUUCGGAAAAACAAACUGCAGAGGCACUGGGAGAAGCUCAAGCAAGCAGAACAAGACAGAAUGGAAGGAAAAAGUAUAAAGAAAGGAAAGACUCGACGGAAAGGGGGAAACUCAAAGUUGAACAGCGCUAGUCGAGGAAAAAUCGACCUGGCGGAAAAUUUAAAUAAAUGCCGGCGUUCAAGAUGCGGAACUUUUGGCAAAUAUAUUGGCCUUACAAAAUUCAUAACUGACGAUACCGAUCUGGUCGAGAUUGUCAGAACUGUUGUCAGUGGUGAAAGGUAUAUAGACAGUUCUAUACAUGAGGAUGAAAGUAAUAUAGAAGGUUCUAUGUAUGAGGAAAAUAAUUUAGAAGGUUCUACUCAUGAUAAAAAUCAUUUAGAAGGUUCAUAUGAGUAUAGGGUUAAUAAAAUUACUAAUGGAGAGACCACUCGCCCAGCUGAAAAUCAGAUUCCGAGAGUGUCUAGGGAAUCAGUAGCCUAUCAGAAUUUGCAAACCGAUAACAAACCUGUUGCCUCUCAGAGUUUGCAAGCUGAUUACGAACUUUCUGUCCACCAGAGGUUACGAGUUGAUCACAAAUUUUCUGAAAACUUAAAAAAGUUGAAUUUAAAUUCUGAAAAUUAUUCUAAGACUGGCGAAGAAUAUAUAAACAGUGAAAAUUUAGUUUCUAACACAAUGGAUGCUGAGGGAUGCAUGUCAGGUUUAGGCUUGAAGAAUUUAGCUGCUGAGGAAGAAGGCAUUUCCCACAUAGGCCUCGUUGGCCUACACACGUGUGGUAAUCUGGCCUCGAGUAGUCUGCAAUUGUUUCUAGCUAAUUCUGAAGUGGAUUUUAUUUGCAAUGUUGGCUGCUGUUACCAUCUCAUUGAGGAAGAAUUUUCUCAGAAUGUUUUCAUCCAAAAAAAAGCGAAUUAUGUACAACCUGUUUCCCAAACUUCUCAAAAUGACGCUGUCAUUUUACCUUAUGAUAUGAAUUCUAGUUGUUCGGGUGAUGGGCAGUGUGAAUUUGAUUCAAAAUUAGUGAAAACAGGGUAUGUGAAGAACUUUAAACCUCCAGAUAUUCUAGAUAUAUCUCAUGGAUCUGCAGAUGGAGACCUCGAAUAUCAUGGGCAGUGUCUGUGUGAUUCGAAAUUAGUAAAAGAGCUAUGUUCAAAGAGCGUGAAACCUCCAGAUGACAUUGAAGACAUAACUCAUGGAUCAGUGGCGGACCUCGAAUCUCUGCCUUUAAAUCCACUAUGUCCUUCUGAAAUCCCAAACCUAGGCUAUGGCUUCCCACUUAGCUCCAUACUCAAGAGAGAAAAAUUUGUUCUGGGACGGAAUAGCAGAAUGUUGUCUUGUCAACCAGCGGAACAAACGACCUUACUCCAGGGAGGAUUUGGGGGCACAGAGACGUUAUUCUGGCGAGCGCUACUACAGUUGCUAUUGAGGGAGAAACUGGUCGAUGUCGCCGAUGUCGUCCAUGUUGGUCGAAUAGCAACAAAAUGCAACAACUUUCCAGAGUAUGCCAGAAUGGCACUUGCCAAGCUGGGAAUUACAUUAGAGGUAACGCAGGAAGACUUGGAACAAUUCUACCGCCAGCACAAGCACAAUAUACCGAAGUUAGAGAGAUUUUUCCUCCUGCGAGCAUCUCUGGCUCCUGUUAUAGAGGGUUUAAUUCUCCUUGAUCGAUUGGCCUUUCUAAGGGAGCAGGAGGGGAAUAUUUCCGCUUAUCUGGUUCAGCUCUUCAACCCGGUCACCUCUCCUCGUUGCCAUGCAAUUAUAGCCCUUAGGGACCAUCAAUCAUCUGUUUAGCAGAAAUUUCAUGUUUAUGCUCAAUUGAUAACCCUCGUGGAGAUACAGUUGGAAGAUCAGUUGAUCUGUAUGUUUUGGCCCUGUUCUGGUGUCCUCUUCAGUGGAUAUGCAAGGUUUGUUGCUGUUUUGUGAGGUGAAGAUGGUAGAGUGCUUUGAGUUUUUUGUGGUGGUGGUGAAGGAUGUUAAUUUUACUACUAUGUACAGGAUUUUAAUAUCCUUUUUCAUCCUUCAGAGUGCAGGCACUGUACUUACCACCUCCAGGACUCAAGUCUGGCUAACCAGUUUCCCUAUACCUCUUAAUGUCACACUGCUUACACUCCAACAGCGCGUCAAAAAGUAAGAGCCUCAUCUCCACUUACUUCAUCUACCACACACGUGAGUGCUGGAUGUCCAAGCCCCUCAGAUCCUCCCUGACUUACGCCUGAGUUCCUUUCCAACCAUCCAGUAGAAACUCGAAACGGAGCAAUGUAGGAAUUAUAUCAACAUGGCAUGUAGAAGUGGUAUACCUGUACAGCAUUCUUUUAACUGAAUAAAUAUGUCAUGUUUAUAUUG